UUCGCCGGGAGCGCUGGCCCCGCCCCCUGCUUUGUGUGCGGCGCGCGGAUUGGCCGGCGCGCGCGGGGGCCGCGUCAGCGCCCGCGAGCCCAUUCAUCUGUGCACUUGGGCGUUGGACCCCGCAUCUUAUUAGCGACCAGGGAGAUUUCUCCAUUUUCCUCUUGUCUACAGUGCGGCUACAAAUCUGGGAUUUUUUUGAUUACUUCUUUUUUUUUUUAAACUACACUUGGGCUCCUUUUUUUGCGCUCGACUCUCCCACCUCUCCCCUCGCGCCCGCGCUGCCGCCCUUUGAUCGCCGCGCCCCAGCCCUCUCUCCCGGAGCGCGCCGACCGUCUGUCUGUCCGUCCGUCCGCCCGCCCGCCGUCGUCUCGCCUCCCACCCCGGUGCGCGCCGCCGCCGCCCGGCCCCGCGCCGCCCCAGGCUCUUUGUCUUGCUCUCGGAUCUGCGGAGUUUCUUUGUUGAGGAGGCCAGCAUGGGCGCCCAGUUCUCCAAGACCGCCGCCAAGGGAGAGGCCACCGCGGAGAGGCCCGGGGAGGCGGCCGUGGCCUCGUCGCCUUCCAAAGCGAACGGGCAGGAGAACGGCCAUGUGAAGGUCAACGGCGACGCCUCACCCGCGGCCGCCGAGCCGGGCGCCAAGGAGGAGCCGCAGGCCAAUGGCAGCGCGCCGGCCGCUGAGCAGGAGGAGCCCGCCGCGCCCACCGAGGAACCUCCUGCCGCCGCGUCGGAGCCCGCCGCGCCCGCCGAGCCUCCCGCCGAGCCCGGGUCCCCCUGCGCCGCCGAGGCCGAGGCUGAGGCCGCGUCCGCCGCGUCCUCCACGUCGUCGCCCAAGGCGGAGGACGGUGCCGCGCCCUCGCCCAGCGGGGAGACCCCGAAAAAAAAAAAGAAGCGCUUCUCCUUCAAGAAGUCCUUCAAGUUGAGCGGCUUCUCCUUCAAGAAGAGCAAGAAGGAGGCGGGCGAGGGCGCCGAGGCUGAGGGCGCGGCUGGCGAGGGCGCCAAGGACGAGCUCGCGGGCCCGGAGGCGGCGGCGCCCGGGGAGCCGGCGGGGGCCGAGGGCGAGCCACCGGCCGCCCAGGAGCCCGCGCCCGCCCCCGGGGAGCAGCCCGAGGAGAAGGAGGCCGCCGGGGAGGCGCCCUUGGCCGCGGCUUCCGAGCCUGAGCCGGAGCAGGAGGCGGAGCCCGCUCAGGCCCAGGCCCAGGCCCAGGCCCCGGAGCCCGCGGCCGCGCCCGCCGAGCCGCAGCCCGAGUGCAGUCCCGAGGCCCCAGCAGAGCCCGCUGAGUAGGCACGGGGCGCGUGGCGCCGGACUCUCCCCCGAUUGUUUGUUGGAGUGGUGCCAGGUACUGGUUUUGGAGAACUCGUCUACAACCAGGGAUUGAUUUUAAGGAUGUCUUUUUUUUUUUUAAUUUCACCAUUUUUUGAGCAGCAAAUUUUGUUUGUGUUUAUUUCCCCUCCCCACAGAUCCCAUCUCAGAUCAUUCUGUUACCACCAUUCCAACAGGUCGAAGACGGCUUAGAUGUCUUCCUCGGCCUUUUUUUCCUUUUUUUUUAAGUUUUUUUGCAUCAGUAUUAAUGUUUUUGCAUUCUUUGCAUCUUUAUUCAAAAAGUGUAAACUUUCUUUAUCAAUUUAUGGACGUGCCCAUAUAUGAAGGAGAUGGGUGGGUCACAAAGGGACAUCUGAUGAAGUGAGAGGGCCACGUGGGAGGCGGCACGUGACUCACUGGAUGCCGUGCUGCCCGACACGAGGGUGUAAAGGCGGUCUUUUUUUUUUUUUUUUUAAAGAAAAGUUACUAGGAUGUAUUUUGUGAGGCAGGUUUACAACACUACAAGUCUUGAUUAAGAAGGAAAGAUUAAAACACCAAUACCCAGAUUUUUUAAAAAGAUCAUAGUCUUAGGAGUUCAUUUAAACCAUAGGAACUUUUCACUUAUCUCAUGUUAGCUGUACCAGUCAGUGAUUAAGUAGAACUACAAGUUGUAUAGGCUUUAUUGUUUAUUGCUGGUUUAUGACCUUAAUAAAGUGUAAUUAUGUAUUACCAGCAGGGUGUUUUUAACUGUGACUAUUGUAUAAAAACAAAUCUUGAUAUCCAGAAGCACAUGAAGUUUGCAACUUUCCACCCUGCCCAUUUUUGUAAAACUGCAGUCAUCUUGGACCUUUUAAACACAAAUUUUAAACUCAACCAAGCUGUGAUAAGUGGAAUGGUUACUGUUUAUACUGUGGUAUGUUUUUGAUUACAGCAGACGAUGCUUUCUUUUCCAGUUGUCUUUGAGAAUAAAGGAAAAAAAUCUUCAGAUGCGAUGGUUUUGUGUAGCAUCUUGUCUAUCAUGUUUUGUAAAUACUGGAGAAGCUUUGACCAAUUUGACUUAGAGAUGGAAUGUAACUUUGCUUACAAAAAUUGCUAUUAAACUCCUGCUUAAGGUGUUCUAAUUUUCUGUGAGCACACUAAAAGCGAAAAAUAAAUGUGAAUAAAAUGUA